UCUUCUCUCAUUCCUUCUUUCCUUUUCCUUCCUUCUCUUCCUGGCCUCUUUGGUUCUUCCAUCCCUAUCCUUUCUUUUUGUAUGCGUCUGUCUGUGUGGAUUCACUCGUCAUCCACAUAGAACCUCAACUCACCCACCCAUCCCCUCCAUUACUCCACAACUGCCGGAAUCCCUUUUCCCAUCCAUUAUUUUCACAACAUGAAUCCUUCACCCGAUUCCUCAUUUCCUGGCAUCGCCCACUAUACAUUCCUAAAGCGAUUAGGACAAGGACGGUUCUGUAUCGUCCAUCUUGCUCGGCAUUUUUAUACGGAAAAGCUGUAUGCGGUCAAGGUUAUAGACAAACAAGCACACAAGCCCGAUAUCCUGCUGCGAUUACGACGAGAGAUUGAACUCAUGGAGUCUCUCGACCAUUCUAACAUUGUAAAGCUGCACGAAGUCAUUGAGACUCAAUUCACUAUAUACGUCUGUAUGGAAUAUGUAGAAGGCUGCAGCUUGGAGCAAUAUCUUAGGAGACAGGAAAAUGGAAAGCUCAGUGAGGCCGAGGCGCGUAGAAUCAUACGUGAACUUGCAAGCGCAAUCUCCCAUUGCCACUCGCGCUUUGUAGUCCAUCGAGAUAUUAAACCCGCCAACAUUCUCGUCACCGUUAAUGGUAAAGUCAUGUUGAUUGACUUUGGCUUAGGCAACACCUUCUCUUUCCGAUCACGACUUAACACCAUCUGUGGUUCAUUGCCAUAUUACUCCCCUGAGAUCGCUCGUGGAUCCAGCUAUACAGGACCCGAGAUCGACAUUUGGUGUCUAGGCGUCGUACUAUAUAGGAUGACAGUUGGGCGAGAUCCCUUUGUAGGUGCGACGAAACGCGAGGUCAAAUUGCAGAUUACUCAGGAAGGUUUCCAGCCUCCAUCAUUCCUUAGUCUUGGCUUGCAAAAUACCCUUCGCACACUUUUAGCGGCCGAGAGUUCACAGCGACGUAGCCUGUCGAUCCUCGACAACGACCAAUGGCUCUAUGAGGACAUUGCUCAUAAAACAAAGCAAUACCAAUCUGAAUCACAGCACCAACAGCAAUCCCAACAAAAACCGCCAUCCUUAGCAGAAGGCCGUACUAUGUCCGAAAACAGUCGAUGGAGUGGAACAACGCUAGUGCGCCAAGGCUCCAAAACGACAACAAUGACCGUAGCAACCGUAGCAACCGUAGCAACAACAGCAGGAACAGAGGCAACCACAAAAAAAAAGCGUCAAUCUCUCACAGAGAGUUGUUAUUACCAUGGCAAGACUGGAGGCUCCCUGUUUGGAAACCGCUCACUUUUGGCUGAUACACUCGGUGCAGGUGUGUGGAUGGUGGACAAGGCUCAACCUCGAUUCCGGAAAAACAGGAUCCGGGUUAUUCCCCAGCAUGGAGCUCGUAGUGAUAUGCUGUUUCAACAGGAUGUGGAUUUAAGUCUGCUUCAAUUCUUGAUGCCGAUCUUGAGAGCCUGUAACGUGUCCUAUUACUUGCAUUCUACAUCACGGAUCCUUUGCGGCACCAGCUUUCCUAAAGAUGAUUUCUCUAAUAGUGGCAAUGGCAGUGGUAAUAGCGGUAGUGGGUGCGAAGAUGGUGCUAUUGCUACCGGAGGCGCUAGUGGAGAUGGCAUUGGCCAGAGUCAUAGUCAUGGUGGAUUAUUGUUGCAAAAGCUGAUUUAUCAGCUGGGGGCGGCUAUGACUGGCGGAGGGUCGACUUUGUUUCAAUCAUCUACUAAGCAAUGUGGCCUGAGAUGUGGGGUAUUCUCGAUCGACAUUAUUAAGAAGACAAACAAGAGAGGAUCUGGUGCAGCGUAUGGCGCAGGGCAUGUCUUGGUGAUCAAACGAUUGUUUGGAUCGUCCAUGACCGUUCAAUAUUUCAAGAAACAGUUCCUCUAUCAUGCCUCGCCUCGUAACGCCGCUGCUAGAACUGCCAUUUCACUCAACUGA